CUAGAAGCCGACUCACGGGCGCGCUCCGCGCCUCGGUUUCGCGUUUGGCCUGCGCAGGCGCAAGCCCGCAAGAUGGCGGCGGCGGGAGCUGGCCAUCUGAGGCGGGCGGCUUCAGCUCUGUUGCUCCGGAGCCCGCGCCCGCCCGCUCGGGAGCUGUCAGCUCCGGCCCGGCUCUAUCACAAGAAAGUUGUUGAUCAUUAUGAAAAUCCUAGAAACGUGGGGUCUCUUGACAAGACAUCUAAAAAUGUUGGAACUGGAUUAGUGGGGGCUCCAGCAUGUGGUGAUGUAAUGAAAUUACAGAUUCAAGUGGAUGAAAAGGGGAAGAUCGUGGAUGCCAGGUUUAAAACAUUUGGCUGUGGUUCUGCAAUUGCCUCCAGCUCCCUAGCCACCGAAUGGGUGAAAGGGAAGACGGUGGAGGAAGCCUUGACCAUCAAAAACACAGAUAUUGCCAAGGAACUCUGCCUUCCUCCUGUGAAACUGCACUGCUCCAUGCUGGCUGAAGAUGCGAUCAAGGCUGCCCUGGCUGAUUACAAACUGAAACAAGAACCCAAGAAAGGAGAGGCAGAGAAGAAGUGAGCCCUAGGCAAAGCUUCCAGCAGGACACAUCGGCUGCUUGCCCACCCACCAUGCCGUCACCUUAGAUUUCAGAAGCCCCUUGCGCUGCAGUGAGCUAUGCAUUACGCACAUUUGCUGUUCACGUUGUGGCUCUAAUGCAAGCAAAAUACACAGCUUAAUUGUUCUGAAUCCUGUGGUUUCUUCAGCCCACUUUUAUCGCCUUAACACAGUUUCUGUAUACUUUAAAUUGUGUAUAUGGUCUCAAAAAAAAUCUGUAAUGAAGUCUCAAGUUUUGAUAGUGCGUGAAGUGCACGAAGAUCUAUUUUACCUGAAUUCAUUUUGAGGAAGAUGGCCAAUAGAAUGUCUUAUGAUUCUUUGAUAGAACUAAGUAUUGUACAGAAGGCAUCUGCAUAUAUACAGUAAAUAAAAGAAUGUAAGACAAUA